CUCAUUCAGCUGAGCGUACCUCUUGGACAGAGAAGAAGUGACGUCAGAGCAGAGACUAAAAGCCAACAUGGCGGCCGUGUUGAGGUUUGUCAACAAGAAUGCGUUGAACUCAGCGGUAACGGGACAACAGUACUACUCGCUGAGCUCCGCAGCAAAGGCUGGGGCCAGAGCAGGUCAGACUCUCCCUGGAAAAGUGAAAAUAGUGGAGGUGGGACCCAGAGAUGGCCUUCAGAAUGAAAAGACUAUUGUCCCAACAGAGACCAAAAUCCAUUUGAUAGACUUGUUGUCAGAGUCUGGGCUUUCAGUAGUAGAAGCCACAAGCUUUGUGUCCCCCAAGUGGGUUCCACAGAUGGCCGACCAGGUGGAGGUAAUGAAGGGUAUUUGUCGGAAACCUGGGGUGUCUUACCCAGUCCUCACCCCCAACCUCAAGGGCUUCCAGUCUGCUGUGAUGGCAGGAGCCUCAGAGGUUGCCAUAUUUGGUGCUGCAUCAGAGCUGUUCAGUAAAAAAAACAUAAAUUGCUCAGUGGACGAGAGUUUGCAGCGCUUUGACGAGGUAAUGAAAGCUGCUAAAAAGGAAGGAGUGCCAGUAAGAGGCUAUGUGUCAUGUGUUCUUGGCUGCCCAUAUGAAGGCAAGGUUGCUCCUGCUAAAGUUGCACAUGUGGCCAAGCGUUUGUACUCCAUGGGCUGCUAUGAGAUUUCCCUCGGCGACACGAUCGGUGUCGGCAAUCCAGGAAGCAUGCAGGCAAUGCUUGAGGCGGUGAGCCGAGAAGUUCCAGUCGAUGUGCUGGCAGUGCACUGUCACGACACGUACGGCCAGGCCCUCGCCAAUAUCUUUGUAGCCUUGCAGAUGGGUGUCAGUGUGGUGGACUCUUCAAUAGCCGGACUGGGAGGUUGCCCUUACGCAAAAGGUGCUUCUGGGAAUGUUGCAACAGAAGAUGUUGUCUACAUGCUUCAUGGACUUGGGAUUCAAACCGGAGUGGACCUCUCCAAACUGAUGGAUGCAGGAGCUUUCAUCUGUCGAAGCCUCAACAGGAAGACCAGUUCUAAAGUGGCACAGGCCACCUGCAAACUGUAGGAAAGAACCAAACUGUGAAGUGCCUAAUGAGCGCACUCAAACCAGACACCAUCAAACUGUAGUCAGAUACAUUAUAAUCAUGAUGUCACCACUUUUAAUGUUUUUUUAACACAACUAUUCAAUUUGUACAAUGGCGUAUAUGAUGGAACAGUGCCUUAAAUGGCUCCGGUCUUUAUGUCGAUGGAGGACUGGGUUCUUAUGUGGUAAUUUGGUACUGUUUUUUUGGUUUUAGUUCUUGGUUGGACAAUUGAGCGAAACUUCCAAGUCACUGAUGAUGUGAGAAAAGUGAUGCUCCUGUGCACUGAUCACUGUCCUGAAAUAUUCCAUUAUAUCACCUUGCAAGUUAAAAAAGCUAACAAGCGUUUUGAUUCCAUUUUUUUUAAUUUAGAACUUAUGUGUUUCUUGUAUUUAUUUAACAGAAAAUGUGUACAUACAUAUGAAAUUAAUAAACAAACACUAUUUCAUCAAAGAGUCUGUUUAGAGAUGUAACGAUAAACCGCGGUUAAACUUGUAUUAGUACUACUGUUUUAAAUUAAAAUGAUGGUUAAACCGUGAUUAUAAACAUUUUCAUAAAUUCCCGGACCGGUGACCGCACAUUUACUGGAGAAGCAAGCUAGCGCUAGCUCGCUCAGGGUCUCUGCAGGUUUCAGCAAGUCAAGUAAGACUCUUUUUAAAAGACCAUAAUGAAUACAAUUUAAAACAAUUUCA